ACUCUUCUCACUGUCGCUGUCGUCUUCUUGGAUAUCGGAGGAGGAGGAAACUGGACCAAUACCAAGCUCAGAGGAACCUCUCUUCCACUCUUCUCUCACACUUGGAGCCACUGAUUUUCUACUUCUCCUCGCAUCACAUUGUCCACAAUGUCCAUGUUCCAGGCGACGACUAUGGAGCCUCUUGCUUGCGACUCCUUUGCCACGGUCUGCUCGGGCACAAACUGCCUCGUACCUCCCAGUAACUUCAAUGCAAUACUGAGCCUGGUGUUGAGCACAGUGCUCACCAUAAUGCUUGCUAUGGUCAUGUUCGCCAUGGGCUGCACAGUGGAUGCCAAAAAGCUGUGGGGCCACAUCAGGAGACCCUGGGGCAUCAUCAUUGGCUUCCUCUGCCAGUUUGGCAUCAUGCCUUUCACAGCCUUUGCCUUGUCCCUGGCCUUCGGAGUGCUGCCUGUGCAGGCUGUCGUCAUCAUCAUCAUGGGCUGCUGUCCCGGAGGCUCCGGCUCUAACAUUAUCUGCUACUGGCUGGACGGAGACAUGGACCUUAGUAUCAGUAUGACAGCUUGUUCCUCCAUCCUGGCCUUGGGGAUGAUGCCUCUCUGUCUGCUCAUUUACACCUCCAUCUGGACUUCCAGCAGCACCAUCCAGAUCCCAUAUGACAGUAUUGGUAUCACGCUAGUGGCCCUUCUCGUCCCAAUUACCUUUGGAAUGUAUGUGAAACGCAGGUGGCCUCACGUGGCCAAAAAAAUCCUCAAGGUGGGGUCCAUUGCAGGCUUUGGUCUCAUUGUCAUCAUAGCUGUGGUUGGAGGAAUUCUCUACCAGUCCUCCUGGACCAUUGCUCCCUCCUUAUGGAUUAUCGGCACUAUCUACCCCUUUAUUGGUUUCGGCCUGGGGUUCCUCUUGGCCCGCUUUGUGGGUCAGCCCUGGUACAGAUGUCGGACCAUUGCAUUGGAGACAGGCUUCCAGAACUCUCAGUUGUGCAGCACCAUAGUCCAGCUGUCCUUCAGCCCUGCUGAGCUGGAAGUCAUGUUUGCAUUCCCCCUCAUCUACAGCAUCUUCCAGCUUGUGGUGGCAGUCAUAUCUGUGGGAGGCUACCAGGCAUAUAAAAAGUCAUGUGGCCGUGGUUCAGCUGAUGCAGACAGUAAUAAGGCUCCAUCGCUGGAAGCCGGUGAAGCCGAACUGGCCAAAGAUAAGGACUAUGCUGUGGAAAACAGCGCCUUCGAGCUCGACGAGAACGGCAACACUGAAGAGAAGGGCAAGGACGUGGACAAGAACACCCAUCUGUGACAUUACAGCCCUGUACGUCACAGACUUUGGACUAUCAGUAUGAACAUCCAGGGCCACAGCACUACUAAGGACGGCAGGCUAAAUCAGUUGUGAACACACACUGCACUCUGCAGGCUGGAGGUGUGCACCACAGGACCUGUUCUCUUCAACUUUAAAAGGUUUGGCAAGAGCACGGGUGCCCAAAUGUCUUCCCUGGUAGUACAGCCCAAUAGUUAUCAUCAAAGGUGGGGGGGGUUGCGACUAACAUACUGCGUUCUUUUAUGAUGAAUUAUACUGUAUAAGAUAGAUUUCCUUUAAUUUAUUCAGAUGUAAUUAUUUAAACCGACUUUUCUCUGCAGGGUCUGACAGACAGUACAAGCCUUCUGUGUUGAAAAGGUUUGUAUUUUUAUCUUUACUCUCAUGUAGCAGGUGAAACCAGUGAUUACUAACAGCCCAGGGUUGAGCGUUCUCUGCUCUUUUAGCACCUUUCAGUUUUAUCAUUCUAUACUUGACACUAACAGAUGAAUAGAAGUAGAGAUCUUAGAAAAGAGGACAGAGAUUUUCGCAUUGAGGCUCAUGAAGUGCUCAGUUUUUUUUUCUGAGCACCGUUUCUUAGCAUUUUCAUACACUGUGUGUAAGCUAGUGGUUUUACAUAUCUGUCCAAAGGGAAGAAUACACAAACAUAUAUACACAAAUGUAUAUUUAUAACACAUAUUCACACGUUAAAUAAUUUAUUUUCCCGCUGUGUGACGAACACAGAACUCAGUCUGCAACUUAUAUAUACUGUAUUUUAAUAAAUUAAAGGCAUAUUUCAUGAGUGAUUACAAUUCUGAUAAAUUACUUUCGGUCUAUUUAAAGCUUUUCAUGGAUGUACAGAAACACAACAUUUUACAAAAUCUCUGUUUUCCUACUUACCAGUAUGUUUUAGAAAUGUGUGUUGUCUAUU